UCUUUCUUAUGAUUAUUAUCAAGAAUAUCAAGAUGAACUGGUAUAAGUGAGUUAAUGAUAACAAUUACUUAAAAGAGAAAUUCCUCAGAUUUGUUCUGCCAACUCUCCUCCAAUUACAUGCUACUGCAAAAAGCAAUUAGAAGUCUCAACAACCUUCACCAGCAUCAAUUUGUUUUUCACUUUUUCUACCAUUCCCCACUCAAACUCAUUCCUACCAACUUUGCUAACCACCUCCAGGUUUGUAAUACUAUAAACCAACGAGUCAGGACCAAAGCUAAAGGGAAAAAGAAGAUGGCAUGUAAGGGCAUUCAUUGGUUCCUCUUGGCACAUCUCCUAGUGCAAAUAGCAAAGAUAAAUGCAAGAGUUCCAGCGAUUAUAGUGUUUGGAGACUCUUCUGUGGAUUCAGGGAACAACAACAAUAUCUCUACAAUGCUAAAGAGCAAUUUCGAGCCUUAUGGUAGAGAUUUCAUUGGUGGUCAGCCCACUGGAAGGUUCUCCAAUGGCCGGAUUCCGACAGACUUCAUUUCUGAAGCUUUUGGGAUCAAGCCAACAAUACCUGCAUAUUUGGAUCCAACAUAUGAUAUCAAAGAUUUUGCUACUGGAGUUUGCUUUGCUUCUGCCGGAACGGGUUAUGAUAAUGCUACUUCCAAUGUGCUAUCUGUAAUACCUCUGUGGGAGGAAUUAGAAAACUAUAAGGAAUUCCAGAAGGACCUGAGAGGAUAUCUUGGCGAGGAGAAAGCUAACGAGGUUCUGGGUGAAGCACUCUACCUGAUAAGCAUGGGAACCAACGAUUUCCUAGAGAACUACUAUCUACUUUCAGAAAGAUCAUCAGAGUUUUCCAUUGAGGAGUACCAGAAUUUUCUAGCAGGUAUUGCAGGGAAUUUCAUCACGGAGCUCUACAAUCUUGGAGCUCGCAAGAUAUCCAUAGGUGGGCUUCCUCCAAUGGGGUGUUUGCCAUUGGAGAGGACCACAAAUAUCUUGUUUGGGAGUGAUUGUGUAGAGGAAUACAACAAUGCAGCCACAGAUUUUAAUGAAAAGUUGAAGGGAUUGAUCGCAAAUCUUAACAAGGAGUUAACUGGAAUCCGCUUAGUGUUUGCAAACCCAUAUGAUAUUCUCUUCGAAAUGAUUCAGAAUCCAGAAUCCUUUGGAUUCAAAGAAACAGCAAUAGCAUGUUGCGGAACCGGAUUAUUCGAGAUGAGCUACUUGUGUGGUAACAUAAACCCAUUCACAUGUUCAGAUGCAAGUAAAUACGUAUUUUGGGAUUCCUUCCACCCCACAGAGAAGACAAAUGGUAUCCUUGCUGAUCAUGUGAUGAAAAAUAGUCUAGCUGAGUUUCUAUGGUGACUAGAGGGUAUAAUGAAUCAUGUGCAUAUGAUAGGAUUAAUCUUAUUGAUUCACAGUAUUGCUCUUUCUCAGUUGUUAGAGUUUUGACAACUCCAUAAAAAAUGAAACAAUUCAAACAUAUUCAAAAUUGAAGUUUUGUUUGCAUCACCUGAGAUUCGCCCUGAACUUCACUAGGAGCACAAUAAUUUUAUUUUAUUUUAUUUUUUUAAAAAAAACAAGGCCAUAUAUAAUGCAACAGGCAGAAGGAUUGGAUGC